CAGGAAAAUCUUCAGUUCAGAGAAACUGAAACUGAAGUGUAGUUGAGCUGUUGUGUGCUUGUGUCUCUGUGUUCAUGCAGUAAAAUGGCAGAAACCAGAAUUUCUCAGGAUGAGUUCAAGUGUUCAGAGUGUCUGGAUCUCCUGAAGGAUCCAGUGACCAUUCCCUGUGGACACAGUUACUGUAAGAGCUGUAUUACAGGCUGCUGGGAUCAGGUGAGUGUCUACAAAUGCCCUCAGUGCAGACAGACCUUCAGCCCAAGACCUGCUUUAGCAGAAAACACCAUGCUGGCUGAAGUGGUGGACAAACUGAAGAAGAGAAAACUUCCUGCUGACUGUUACGCUGGAGCUGGAGAUGUGCAGUGUGACGUCUGUACUGGAAGAAAAUACAAAGCUGUCAAGUCUUGUCUGGUGUGUCUGGAGUCUUAUUGUCAGAAUCACCACGAAGAACAUGAGAGUUUCUUUAAAAGAAAGAGACACAAUUUGACUGAAGCCACUGAACGACUGCAGGAGAUGAUCUGCCAAACACAUGAUAAACUCCUUGAGGUUUUCUGCCGCACUGACCAGAAGGAAAUAUGUGUGCUGUGUACGAUGGAUGAACAUAAAAACCACGACACUGUAUCAGCUGCAGCACAGAGGACAGAGAAACAGAACCAGCUGAAGGAGACGCAGAGGUCGUUCCAGCAGAGGAUCCAGCAGAGAGAGAAAGAUCUUCAGCAGCUGAGAGAGGCUGUGGAGUCUCAUAAGCACUCUGCACAGACAGCAGUGGAGGACAGUGAGAGGAUCUUCACUGAGCUCAUCCGCUCCAUUGAGAGAAGCCGCUCUGAGGUCACACAGCGGAUCAGAGAUCAGGAAAAGACUGCAGUGAGUCGAGCUGAAGGACGACUGGAGCAACUGGAGCAGGAGAUCAAUGAUAUGAGGAGGAGAGACGCUGAGCUGGAGCAGCUUUCACACACACAGGAUCACAUCCAUUUCUUGCAGAGUUUCCAGUCUCUCUCAGCUCCUCCUGAAUCUACAGACAUAAAUGAUGAUCUCUUCAGUUCUCUCUCCUCUUUUGAUGGUGUGAGAGAAUCUGUCCGUCAGCUGAGAGACAAACUGGAGGAUUUCUGCAAAGAGGAGCUCGAGAAGAUCUCUGACAGAGUCACUUUCACCAACAUUGUUCCCAGGACCAGAAACAACUUCCUACAAUAUUCUCAUCAGCUCACUCUGGAUCUGAACACAGUGAAUAAACGCCUCCAUCUGACUGAGAGGAACAGAGUGAUUACUGUCACUGACACAGUCCAGUCAUAUCCUGAUCAUCCAGACAGAUUUGAUUAUUAUCGUCAGGUGUUGUGUAGAGAGAGUGUGUGUGAUCGACGCUGUUACUGGGAGACUGAGUGGAGUGGAGAACAUGUGUCUAUAUCAGUGUCAUAUACGAGCAUCAGCAGGAAGGGAUGGGGUAAUGAGUGUGCGUUUGGACGUAAUGAUCAGUCCUGGAGUUUGUACUGCUCUCCUGACAGUUACUCAUUCAUACACAAUAACAUAGAGACUAAACUCCCUGUAGAGUCCAUCAUCAGCAGUAGAAUAGGAGUGUAUGUGGAUCACAGAGCAGGAACUCUGUCCUUCUACAGCGUCUCUGGAGACACAAUGAUCCUCAUCCACACAGUCCAGACCACAUUCACUCAACCGCUCUAUCCUGGGUUUUGGGUUUAUAAUGGAUCAGUGAGGCUGUGUUGAUGAAUCAGAACAGAUUCUAGAGAGAUUCUACCCAUAAUGCUUUGAGCUCAUGAUAAUUCAGUGACUGUCUCACACUGACUUGAAUAGAUAAUCCAAGUUAAGAGGCUUGAUGGAGCAAGACGAUGAAGACUUAUAUUUAAUAAACACCAGCAGGAAACAUUAACACAAAACAAUGAACAUAAGAUGACUUGAGGGUUUAAAGGGACUAAAUGAAGGAUGGGUGAUGGUGAUAAGAUAAGUCAUGGUUAGAGGCAAGGGUUGCUAUGGAAAUUAACAAGAUAGCAGUGGAAACGGGAGUCUCUUCAUUACAUUAAUAUUACAGCUGAACUUCUGUCACUGCCCGAGCCCUAGAGCCAUAUUGUUUGAGUAAACGAAGAGAUCCCACUAAACUCUAAUAAAAGUACAUUAUUUAAAAAAACUUGAUACUGUUUAUCAUAGUGCUUUACGUUUUAUUACUGGUUAUAGCUAUCAAGCACUUCAUUGUACUUUAUAUGAUAAGGCUGAGUUGCCAUCUUUGUAUACUCGAAGAAAUUAUAAAUAAAACAUUACCAAUUAAAAAGUC